AUGACCACCGUAACUGAUGGGUUUUCUGCUGUCUUCAGUAACAAGUCAAGAAGAAAUGUCCAACCAGUAACAUCCAUAGUAUCUGUGAGAUCAAAUGUGAUAGAUGACAAGAUCGAACCUACCAAAAGUGAAAAGAUUCAAACUGUCACAAUUUUUGAUGAAUUAGAUUCUUCAUUAGAACUAGAAAAUAUUAAUCCGCUUCCUGCUUACCCAUCCCUAUGGCAGAAAAUAUAUUAUGAGUAUAUCAUACUGGAUAAGACUAAUCUCGACGUAUCAUUAAAGGAAUCUUUCUUAUAUAACCGUGAUCUUAAACCUGUCGAAGAAGAAAGAAGAGUUUGGUCGUGGUAUAAUUAUCUGUAUUUCUGGUUAGCCGACUGUUUCAAUAUUAAUACUUGGCAGGUGGCAGCUACGGGGAUGCAACUUGGCCUAAAUUGGUGGCAAUGUUGGUUGACAGUAUGGAUCGGUUAUACUUGGGCAGCUGUUUAUGUUGUACUAAAUUCUAGGUUUGGUACUGCAUACCAUCUGUCAUUCCCAAUCACAGUAAGGGCAUCUUUUGGUAUUUUCUUUUCAUUAUGGCCAGUAAUAAACAGAAUUGUUCUUGCAAUUGUUUGGUAUUCGGUUCAAGCAUGGUUAGGUGCACAACCAAUUUCAUUAAUGUUACAGUCAAUAUUCGGAAAGGAUUUACCAUCUCGAAUUCCAGAUCAUUUUGGUUCUCCAAAUUCAACGACCUAUCAGUUUAUGUGUUUCUUUAUCUUUUGGGUAAUUAGUCUUCCAUUUGUUCUUAUCGCACCUCAUAAUAUAAGACAUUUAUUUACUGUUAAAGCUGUAUUGAUCCCAUUUGCUGCCUUUGGAUUUUUGAUAUGGACUUUAAAGAAAUCACAUGGUGUCAUCGCAUUGGGGACAUUAAAUGAUGAUGCUCCACAUGGUUCUACGUUUUCUUGGAUAUUUGUCAAGGCAUUGAUGGCAUGCAUUUCAAAUUUCGCAGCUCUUAUUAUUAAUGCACCUGAUUUUGGUAGGUUUGCUACUACUCCAAAUUCAUCAUUAAUUCCACAAUUGGUUGCUAUCCCUCUGUUUUUUGCUAUAACAUGUCUGAUUGGAAUAUUGGUUACAGCUGCUGGUUAUCAUCUUUAUGGGAUUAACUACUGGUCACCAUUAGAUGUGUUACAGCAGUUCUUAGAGACAACGUUUACUCGAGGUACAAGAGCUGGGGUAUUUUUAAUUUCGUUUGUAUUCGCAUUAGCACAAUUGGGUACAAAUAUAUCAGCCAACUCCCUUUCCUGUGGUACAGAUAUGACCUCAUUAUUCCCCAGAUAUAUUAACAUCAGGAGAGGCGCUCUCUUCUGUGCAGCAAUGGCUCUUUGUAUCUGUCCGUGGAAUUUGAUGGCUUCUUCCAAUAAAUUCACCACAGCCUUAGGUGCCUAUGCCAUAUUCUUGUCAAGUAUAGCGGGUGUUAUAUGUGCAGACUAUUUCCUCAUUAGAAGAGGGUAUGUUAAGUUGAUGCAUCUAUUCCUAGCACAUAAGGGGUCUUACUACAUGUACAACAAUCGUUAUGGAAUUAACUGGAGAGCGCUGGUUGCUUAUUUGUGCGGUAUUGCACCAAACUUACCGGGGUUCAUUAAUGAUGUAGCACCACAACUUAAAGUUUCAACUGGAGCCAUCCAUCUAUAUUACUUAGGGUACCCAGUUGGGUUUGGGAUUAGUUUCACAGUAUACUCCAUCCUAUGUUAUUUUUCCCCUGUUGAAGGUGUCCCUGUUAAGAAUUUUUUGAAGGAUAAAGGAUGGUUUCAAACAUGGGCUUACGUAGAAGACUUCGAAAAUGAUUGGAAGAACGAAAUUCGUAAACCAGUUUUAGAUGUUGAUGCUGAUCCCUUAUACGAUGUGAGGAGUAUGAAAAAGAUCUAUUGA